AUGAUGAAGCACAUUCUUAUAGCACCUCAGCCUUAUGAAAGGGUUUUCCGUAAAGAUUUAGGAGAGGGUAGCAGAAACUCCAGAAAUUACAAUAGUAGCGAAAUUCAUGGAUAUUUGUUGACUUCAACGUGGAAUUUCGUACUCACACCACGUCAUUUCAUGCCGAUUCAUGAUGCUGAAUUCAUACCAGGACUAUUCCGACAUCGUCUCGCUGGGGCAGUACAAUGGAUCCAAAACUUCGCCAUCAGCGGUAUUAUUGUUGGAGAACGUAUGAAAAAGGCUUUAGCCUCAGUCGUGCCGUCGUUUAGCUUUUUGAGUACCAAAGAACCGCGUCAGCGACCCUCACAGAUAUGCCGUUUGAUCUCAUUGGUCCGUCCCCCAAGACGAAUGAUCAAAUUGCAGCUCUUCGACUACGGUGCAUAUUGUCCAGCAGCGAAACCACUGACUGGCGAACUUCUCGAGUUUGUCUCUGAUCCAAAAUCAAAAGGCACCAUUCUUGUUGCGUUUGGUACAGUAAUCAAUUGGGAAAAUGUUCCGAAGGAGAAAUUUGAGGCAGUGCUCGAGGCACUGAAUUCGCUAUCCGAUUAUCGUAUCGUCUGGGCUUACAAUGGCAGACCGAUGACGAUGAAACCACAUAUAUAUGCAUCAAAAUGGGUACCUCAGGUUGAUGUGCUCUUCGACAACCGCACAGUGCUCCUCUUCAGCCAUGGUGGCCUCAAAAGGAACACCAUGCGCAUCGGGUCCAUACGUCCUCAUGCCGAUUGUUUGCCUGACAAGUUAGGUAAUAGAUGGAUUGAGAAAGAGAUAAGCUUUUUCAGCUUUGCUUCAAAUGCAGCCCGUAUAACGACGCUCUUUAAUGAUAAAGUGUUACAUCCACUUGACCAAGGCGCUCACUACAUAAAUCGGCUACUGAAGUACGGCGGACGGAUGCCUGAGUUCUUCUAUCCGCGUGCAAUAAGCCGUGACUAUCUCUCGUAUCUUAACAUUGACAUAUUUUUGGUUCCUUUAUUAGUUAUAAUUUUGAUCUCAUGUUGA